AUGAGCAUCAAGCAACGAGAAGACGAGAUGCUACAGUCCUACAUAACUCGUUUCAACAAAGAGGCCAUUUCAAUUGACGAAGCGGAUGAUAAGAUACUCGUAGCUGCAUUCACUAACGGAUUAAGGAAGGGUAAGUUUUUGUUUUCUUUAUACAAGAAUGAUUCGAAGACCAUGUCGGAUGUACUCUACAGAGCCACAAAAUACAUGAACGCGAAAGAUGCAUUGCUAGCCCGCGAGGAGAAGCCCAGUAAGAGGGAAAGACAGGAGGACACACGACUGGAUUGGGGGCGAAAGAUUACUAGAACCGGAGAUCAACGAGAUGAAAGGCGCCCUAGACCCCCCACUGGGAAGUUCACCAACUUCACCCCGUUAACUGUUCCGAUAGAUCAAGUCUUGAUGCAGAUUAAAGAAGAAGGAGCACUGACGUUCCAUGGUAAACUAAAGGGAGAUCCCAACAAGAGGCCAAGGGACAAGUAUUGCCGCUUCCACCGUGAUCACGGGCACGACACAGCCAACUGCUAUGAUCUGAAACAGCAGAUUGAGGCCCUUAUUAGACAAGGGAAGCUACAGAGGUUCGUCAACAAGGAAAGAACAGAUCCGCCCCAGGAGCAGCCCCCACGACGGGAGAAUGAAUGCCCUAGAGCACCUAUAGGGGACAUAAGAAUGAUUGUAGGGAGCACAAUUGCUGCCGGAUCUUCCAAAAAAGCUCGCAAAACCUACCUUAGAAUGGUCCAUAGCAUCCAACUUACAAGAUCCGUACCUAAAAUGCCACGAAUAGAUAACCCCGUUAUCAAAUUUUCAAAGGAUGAUGCUCGGAGACUUCACCAUCCUUAUGACGAUGCACUUGUGGUCAGCUUGCAAAUAGGGGAUUAUAACAUGUAUCGGGUCCUUAUCGACAAUGGCAACUCAGCGGACAUUCUAUACUACUCGGCAUUCCAGCAAAUGAGGAUUGACAGGGAAUGA